AUGUGUCACACCAGCUGCUCUUCAGGGUGUCAGCAAGCCUGCUGUGUGUCCAGCCUCUGCCAGUCAGCAUGCUGCAGGCCUGCUAUAUACAUUCCUUUUAGAUACCAGGUAGCCUGCUGUGUGCCUGUGAGCUGCAGGCCCACUGUGUGCGUUGCCCCUUCCUGCCAGUCCUCUGUGUGUGUGCCUGUGAGCUGCCGUCCUGUCUGUGUGACGUCCUCCUGCCAGUCAUCUGGAUGCUGCUAG